AGAAAAAAAUACUACUCAGUAAUCGCAUGUCUAUCCACUGGUCUAGAUGGAUUCAUUGUUCAAUUACCUCACGCGAAACUCUCUAUUACAUUUGUUUCUAGUUUUAGUUUGUAUAGAGUCGGGACAACCUAGUGUAAAGUUCAAGUCGGUGGAAAACAGUGAGAGUUUAGCGAAAAAUGGGGGAAUUUUGCAGGGAAAAAUCAGCUGGAUUGGGUGGCCCCUUACUAAGGCUUUAUGGGGGUUUGCUCCGAAAACCUCGGGGAUCUGUGGUCAACAUUCGAGAAUGUUUGAGGAACACCUGAAGUUGGGGAGUCUGUGGGCUGUACAGAUGUUAGAAUCAUCUACUCUAUCACCUGGAGGAUUAUUGGCAGGUGACAACUAUCAGUUGGGACACUACGAUCAAUGCAUCAAAACCCAGGUUCCACAACUGGGGAUUAGUGGAAAAUACUGUUUGGCAACCAUCAACUACCAGCCAAAAAAUGACGUUUUUAGGGAUUAUUACAAAAACGAAUUUGUGUCCAAUCAAUUCAGCCUCAACUACAAUCCAAUGGAGUCGGCGUGGAAGAAGAUCAAGGAAACUGAUGAUCCAUCUAAGAAAAAACGCAACGUUCUUUAUUGGGCGGUAUGCGUCUCUUCAGCUUGCUUAAACAAAGAGGUUGAAAGCAGCUUGCGAAAAAUUGUGAUUCCGACUUUAUCUGAGAACGGCAUUGAAGCUACACUUGAAGUCAAUGAGAAACAUUGCAGUGGACAGCAAUCUGAAUAUCCUGAAAGUGUAGUACAAGGUCGAGAAAUCAUGAAGUGGCUGAUAAUAGCCUCUCUACUAUUGGUUAUAAUUGCAUCAACUAUUGAUAUGUCUUAUUUCCGAUCAAGAAAGCAGGUUUCAGAGAAAAAAGGAAAUAAGCACUCACUCAUGCUCUCUUACUCGAUCUACGAGAACUUCUUGAACCUGAAAAAGCCAGACCCUUCCGAUGAGUUUGCCUCUCUACAUGGAAUGAGAACUUAUUCAAUGUUCCUGAUAAUUCUGGGUCAUAGGUGCUUGUUCACUUACGGGGGACCAUUUCACAAUCCUGAGUUCCUCGAAGAAAGAUUUCGCUGCUUUACCGAUAUGUUUCUACUGAAUGGCACACUGAUAGUAGACACAUUCUUCUUGUUGAGUUCGUUUCUUACAUGCUACAUGCUUCUAUUGGAAAUGCAGAAACGGAAAAAGAUGGACUUCAUGUCAGUGUAUAUCUACAGGUGGACAAGGAUAGCACCAACCUACAUGUUUGUUUUGGGAUUUCAAGCUCUCGUGUUUCCAACCCUUGGUAACGGUCCUAUUUGGAAUGCCAAAGCAGGUCUACAGUCUAAGAGAUGUCGCAAAAAUUGGUGGACUAAUUUACUGUUCAUCAACAAUUAUGUCAACUCUGAAAAUUUGUGUAUGUUCCAGUCGUGGUUUAUUUCGUGUGACAUGCACUUCUUCAUAAUAGGCAUGCUGGCCACACAUCUCUACUCAAAACGUCAGAGAGUUGGAGUUUUAUUUGCAUCCGUUCUCUUGGGAAUAUCUAUUCUAGUUCCAUUUCUGGUCACCUUUUUGGGGAAAUAUGAUGGUGUUCUCAGAGUUUACAUGAGUUUAUUAGAGGAUCCACCCAGCAACCGAAAUUAUAGAGAAGUUUACAUAAAAACUCACAACAGAGCGGGCCCUUAUAUGGUUGGAAUUUUGGCUGCUUUCUUAUAUCACAAACUUAAAACAAAUGAAUUUCGAUUCAAAAAGAUUCAAGUACAAAUUGGAGGUGUUAUCUGUGCCAUAGUGGCCCUUAGUGCCAUGCUGAGUGCGUGGGUGUUCUACAUACCUGGACGAGAGUACAGUGCACUAGAGAGUGCCCUCUAUGCCUCAUUGCAUAGGAUAUUCUGGUCCAGUGCAAUGGCCUGGAUCAUUAUAACCGGCGGAACUACAGGAUUUGGUGUUUUGGGUCCGAUUUUGAGUAUGAAAGCAUUGAUACCACUGAGCAGAUUGACUUACUCUGUCUUUCUUAUUCACGGUAUGGUGCAGCUAUUCUCAGUUGCCACUGUCCGUUCUUCGGAAUAUAUCACGUUCCCCAAAUUGUUCUGGAUGUGCUUUGGAGAUAUAACGACGUCAUUCAUACUUGGCUUGCUUCUACAUUUGACAAUAGAAGCGCCUAUUGCAGGAGUGAUGAAAAUUAUUCUGAUGCCAAAGAGGAAAGCUUCAAGAGAACAAAUCAAGAUCGAGAAGGAAUCUACAAAAAUGUUAGAAGAAGAAUCAACCAGCAAGCAGCAAGAUGAAAUGGACAAUACAAUGGAAACGAACAGCAUAUCAACAAAAGAUGGAGAAAACAGGGAAACAAAAUUGCAAGAGAUGCAACAAGAGAGAGAUAAAAUGCAAAUGGUCUCAGAGACUAUUGACAGGUUUUUGGAGAAGAAAGAACUGUGAUUUUAAUUAUCCUCAUUGGAAUUGAAUAUAUUAUUGUAACACUUAUAUUGAUAGAAAAUUGUAAAUUGUGAAAAAUAUCCUAAUUAGAAUGAAAUGAAUAUUAUUUUAAGCACUGGUAGGGAAUUUUUGAAAUGUUUCAAGAACUCUGUUGAAUGCUUUGAUGUUGCUUUAUACCAACGUAGGAUUACAAUAAUGUUGAACAUGCAUUAUUACUAUAAGUCAUUUGUAUAUUAUUCGAAUAAUUUUUGGAAUUGUGGUUUGAUAAGUUUGAGAUUCUACUCCUUGAUGACUGCAAAAUAUUUAUAGUAUAUGAUAUUUUAAUAAUAUGAUAUGAUACAUUAUGCAAAGGCUGCCAAAUCGCAUUAUUGUUCAUCAUUGUACCAUACCUUGCACAUAAUCAUUGGAGGAUUUCAUGCUGAUUCAAUAAAUAAAUAUUAUAAUAAAUUGUGUUGUUAGCUUAAACUUUCACAACAGUAUCCAAGAGCUAGCAACACU